AUGCCGCGAGUGGGGCCAUUGUCCCUGGCGUGCUUCUGGGCCUUGUUCUGCCUUAGUUUCCGCAUUUGCUGGGGAGCACGGGCCCAAAACGAUGCGCUGGACAUUGAUGCCGGUGAGGAUGCCGAUGAGCAGCUGCUAUGGAUGUGGGGCGACAUCUUUACCAGCGCCUCCGACUUUCUGUGGACUUUUGACAUCUCCUGGUUUGCCAUCUUUGCUGCGUUUGCAGUGUUUCUUUGGUGCUGGCAACCCUCCCAUCUCAUGGGCAGCAGCGCGCACGACGGAGAAGGUCAGAAGAUCGAUCACGACUGGGAGCCUGAACCAUGGUCUGCAACGCUGUUUUCGUCGCUGACAAGCCACGUUCCCGGCAUCGUUGGCUUCGUGGGCUUCCAGAAGAUCGUGGUAGCCAGGAUUGUUUCCGCGAGUCAGCCGACCGUGCUGCUUUCGCCUGCCAAUGUCCUUUUGUACACCAGCAUCCUCAUCUCAAUGGCUGCGACCUUCACCAGCCUCAUGUUCCUCGCCGUGGACUACUUGCGGCGCCUGGCCAUCCACAGCGCCAAGCGUAGGUACCUGCGGCUCAAGCUCGACUGUGGGCGGCUCGAAGCCACAGGCUUGGGCAUACUACUUCUCGUUUUGGGAGCAGUGGCCCUCCUGCUGUAUCUCGUCAUCAUCUACAUGGCUGUUCGCGACAAGGCUUUUUUGACCGAUGCCGAGGUUGCGCAGCUGGUGCUGAAACGGGUCUCCAGUGCCGGCACCGUUCUGCUCUACCUCUUCAACCUUCGUAGCCUCUGCGCGUCUCCGAAGGUCCAGCUCCAUACAAUGCUGGACACGUCCGAAGAGAAGACUCGUGACAUAACUUUGGAGGAGUUUCUGGACCUGUCUGCUGGUGUCACAGCCAGAGACACGGCUGGCAACACGGCCGGCGACACAGCCGAUGAGGGCCUCCGAAGCAGGGUGGCCCAUUUCCUGGGCUUUCUGGCAGGGGAGGACUUGGCCUUGUUCAUAAACAAGGGCAGUCGAGAGGCGUUCUUCCCCAAGCAGCGGCUAGCCCCUUUGGCCAAUGUCGUCUGUUGCCUACUUUUUGUGGGCGUGCUACCACUCAUGAUCCAGAAGGGCAUGGACAGGCUUUUCGACCCGCCAGGUAUCGAAGAUGUGAGAGCUCAUCCGACAAACCUAUUCCUCCAACCGGAGUCUGGAUUUGACUUCCUCCUCCUCGUGGAGCAAGGGAAGCCACCGGUUCUGCAUGUCAAAACGAAGUUCCAGCAGACUUCGAGGGUCAGCAUUUGCUGCCCAGAGAACUCGAAGAACUGCAACUUCAGAGAGUUCAACCAUUCACUGGUGGAAUUCGACGACAAGCAGAAGAUUGUGGAUGUGCCUCUCAAAGAUGGUGCGUCAACCAACUGCACGCUCACAGCUCUGGGAUUGAGCAGGUCGGCAAGGACGUCGCGGCAGAUCAGGGUCGAGUCAUUGGACACCUUUCGUCUCAAGACUUGCACGCAGGACAAGUGCACGUGCAACGAUGGGUAUAGAGGCAGCUGGAAAGCAUCAGAUGGCGCUCAAAAGCUCAGCGAGGCCUGUCAGCUGGUGCGGUGCCCUGAACACUCUCUCAGCAACAAGGAAGAUGGCGGCUGCGUAUGCCAGGAGUACUACGUCGGCAACAUCACGUGGUCAGGUUCCACUCCAACUGGAACGUGUGUACCAGCUCCUUGCGAGAUCCCGGGCUCCAAUGAAGCACUGGGCAAGGAGUGCAAAUGCAAAGAUGGAUUUAUGGCGGACAGCAUCUCCUGGAAUUUUUCGCGCCAGCGGUUCCAGGGCAGCUGCACCCCGGCUGCCUGCAACAUCCCGAACUCAAACAAUCUUGGUGGCUUGGACUGCCGCUGCAAUAAUGCAUUCAUGGGGAACAUCACGUGGAACGGCGUGCAACCCAGAGGGAACUGCACACCAGCUCCUUGCGAAGUUCAGCAUUCUAAUGGGAAUCCUGGACUAAAUUGUGCUUGUCUAGAUGGGUUCUCUGGUGACAUUUCCUGGACAAAUUCGACUCCAAGUGGAUCUUGCAAGCCAGCGCCCUGCAACGUGGAGCAUUCCAACGCCAAGUCUGGGCUUGAAUGUGCUUGUUCAAACGCCUACGUAGGCAGGAUCAGUUGGGACCGAGCAGUAGCCUCUGGGCCCUGCACCCCAGCGCCUUGCAACAUCUCCAACACGGUCUACGAUGGGCUGGAGUGUCGGUGCAAGGAUGGCUAUGAAGGGAAAAUCGCCUGGAACGGUUCAAACGCACAGGGCACCUGUGAGCCGGCAAAGUGCACAGUCCCAAACUCCGACACGGUACCUGGGCCAAAGUGCCGGUGCAGCUAUGGGUACUAUGGGAACAUUACAUGGGCUGGAUCCAGGCACAGGGGUGACUGCACGCAGGUACUCUGCUCGGGCAACCAUGUCAACAAUUUGAAUGGACCAGACUGUGAUUGCGCGCCCGGGUUUAUGCGGACAUCUGUCGAUCCUGGUGCGCCUCUCGAGAUAUCGACACAAGGGACCUAUAAUGUCCACUUCUACUUGUCGUGCCACUCAGCGCCCUGCAACAUCUCCAACACGGUCUACGAUGGGCUGGAGUGUCGGUGCAAGGAUGGCUAUGAAGGGAAAAUCGCCUGGAACGGUUCAAACGCACAGGGCACCUGUGAGCCGGCAAAGUGCACAGUCCCAAACUCCGACACGGUACCUGGGCCAAA